UGUGUUUUAUUUAUUUUUGUCAGAAUUUGAAUUCUACAAGGGAUACUAUUUCGUGUUUUCAACACAAACUGCAAAUCACGCUGGUGCAAAAUCAGCAUGUGUUGGAUUGGGUGGUCACCUUGCAAUUAUACCAGAUGUAGAAACUCAAACAUUCAUUCAAAUCUAAAGGAGCUGCUUACAAGAGUGCAGGAAAAUGGAUGACAAGCAAUAAUGAUGCUUACAUUGAUGCAGUGAAGAUAUCAGAUGGAACUGGUUGGGAAUGGAGCACAACACAUGACAAGUUUUAUUUUAAAACAACUCCACGUGGAAGUGAUGGUGGGGGUUUGAUACAAAAUGGAAAAUACAACUACUGGCAAAUCUACAAUCCAAAUAAAGGAGAUUAUGGGAUUGUUGGAUCUAUUUUUGGACCUCCAUGGAGUUGGAUAUCUGUCACAGCCUCAACUGUGGCUCACUAUAUUUGCCAGAUUAAAGCCAGACUGGAAUAUUACAAAGGGAUUUAUUUCUUAUUUUCUCCACUUACUGCAAAUCAUGCUGGUGCAAAAUCAGCAUGU